UGUUUGGCCAUUUCUCUCGAAAAUGGCGGCCGUGUUGGACGAGGUUGGCAAGUCCGCUGAAAAACUCGUGGACGAGGAAAAGAACGAGAUCGUCGACGAGAAGGACGAGACCGGCGCGGUCGAGGCCUCAAAGAAGAAGAAGAAGAAGAAAAAGAAGAAGAAGGCCGGUGCUGGAGAGGCUAGUGCAGAUGUUCCUGAAGGGGAAGAAGAUAAAGUUAAGGAUGAUGAUGCAUCAGCCGAAGGUCCCACAGAGAUGACCGAGAACGAUGGAGAGAGCGAAGAAGUUAAGAAGAAGAAGAAGAAACGCAAGCCCAGAGGCAAGGGCGGUCUGAAGCAGCAAACGGAACCGCCGACCAUUCCCGUAUCGGAAUUAUUCCCGGACGGUAAUUUUCCGAUAGGGCAGAUAAUGGAUCAUCCACCUGCUACUGGAAUAGAUGAUAGAAUGGCAAAAAAUCGUUUCACCAGCGAGGAAGCGCGGGCCCUUGAUAGAAUGCACAAUGAUAUCUACAAUGAAGCCAGACAAGCAGCUGAGGCACAUCGACAAACCCGAAAGCAUAUUAUGAAAUGGGUAAAACCGGGAAUGACUAUGAUAGAGAUUUGUAACGAGCUGGAGGAGACUGCUCGGAAAUUGAUAGGCGAGGACGGUCUCAAGGCUGGAUUGGCGUUUCCGACUGGUUGCUCCCGCAAUCACUGCGCGGCUCAUUACACUCCGAACGCCGGCGAUCCAACCGUUUUGGAAUAUGAUGAUGUCACAAAGAUCGAUUUCGGUACGCAUAUCAACGGGCGUAUCAUUGACUGCGCCUUCACCUUGACAUUUAAUCCGAAGUACGAUAAGUUGAUCGAGGCUGUUCGCGACGCCACUAAUACUGGUAUCAAGGCUGCCGGAAUUGACGUGCAAUUGUGUGACGUCGGUGCUGUUAUUCAGGAAGUAAUGGAGUCUUACGAGGUGGAAUUGGACGGCAGAACGUAUCCGGUAAAGUCGAUUAGAAAUUUGAAUGGUCACUCUAUCGCACCUUAUCGUAUACACGCCGGGAAAACGGUGCCGAUAGUUCGAGGUGGCGAGGCAACCCGAAUGGAGGAGAACGAAUUCUACGCGAUCGAAACUUUUGGAUCUACUGGUAGAGGUGUUGUACACGAUGACAUGGAGUGUUCGCAUUACAUGAAGAGCUUCGAUGCCGGUUUCGUGCCAUUGAGAUUGCAGAGCAGUAAAUCUCUUCUCAAUACUAUCAACAAGCAUUUCGGUACUUUGGCUUUUUGUAAGCGUUGGUUGGACCGUGUCGGUUGCACCAAGUACCAAAUGGCUUUGAAGGAUCUCUGCGAAAAGGGCGCCGUGGAGGCGUAUCCGCCAUUGGUCGAUGUCAAAGGCUGUUAUACUGCUCAGUUCGAGCACACUCUCGUUCUGCGUCCCACGUGUAAAGAAGUAAUUUCCCGCGGAGAGGAUUAUUAAUAAAUCUAUAAAGAAAUAAA